CUGAUGCCCUGGCUGGGUCCUGGGCAGGCCCCAUGGCGUGGCCCCCGUGCCCAGGCUGCACGCCGUGGCCAGGGUUUGGGGACCUCCGUCUGGGGGCAAGCGGCGCUUUGCUCCGUGCCUGCAGCCGUGCACACGUGGGCUUGCUCACAUGUGUGCUGUGGGCCAGCGAGUGCAGACGCGCUCCCUGGGCACCAGCUGACAGGACCAGUUCCCGUGCUCCACCCUGCGCAGGGCAAGCUGGGGCCCGUCCGUGCCUCUGGCUGGGGCUGUGUCUGGUGCCGCCUGGGCCAUGGAGCUUCCACGCCCCGCCUGUGCCCACCCACAGGGACCUGCCAGCGCCUCCGUGUCCCUGCCCUGCUACCCCCACCUGCCCCUUGGCCUGGUGCUGAGGACUGUGUUGCUUCAGCAGGUGGGCAGGCAGGCAACACCAUGUCGGUGGUGGCAGGGCUGGGUGAGGGCACUGGGGGCCGGCCAACAGCAGACGACAUCGUGGCCAGCACACGGCAGGUGGUGAAGGGGCUGGAAGCGCUGCGCGGUGAGAACUGUGCCAUCCUGCUGCAGCUGCAGGGCAGCCUGCACUGCUGUCCCGAUGCCGUGCCUGGGACGGAGCUGGAACCCACGUCUGCCGGGGACUGGGCCCUGGAGCUACUGGAGGAGAAGCACGAGCUCGUCUGCAGGAUCCUGGAGGGCAUCGAGCUGGGGCUCGGGGGGGCGCAGCUCCUGCUGGCGCUGUCGUCCCAUGUCGGGGCGCUGGAGGCGGAGAAGCAGAAGCUGCGGGCUCAGGCCAAGCGGCUGGGCCAGGGGAACCAGUGGCUGUGGGAGCAGCUGGCGGGCCCCCAGCAGCGCCUGCAGCAGUGGCAGGAGGCCGUGGCCCAGCUGGAGGAGGAGAAGCGGCACCUCGAGUUCCUGAACCAGCUCAAGCAGUACGAGGCCCGUGACGAGCUGCUGGAGAAGGACGAGGCACCGGAGCGGGAUGACGGGCUAAGCGGGCUCUUCACAGGCGAUGAGGAAACGCGGCCGGACGGUGUGGCGGGGAACGCAGCCCAGCCAGGUGGUUACGAGAUCCCGGCGCGGCUGCGGACACUGCACAACCUGGUGAUCCAGUACGCAGCCCAGGGUCGCUACGAGGUGGCUGUGCCUCUCUGCAAGCAGGCACUGGAGGACCUGGAGAAGAGCUCAGGCCACAACCACCCCGACGUGGCCACCAUGCUCAACAUCCUGGCCCUCGUCUACCGGGACCAGAACAAGUACAAGGAGGCCACGGAGCUGCUGAAUGAUGCGCUGGACAUCCGGGAGCAGACCCUGGGCGCCGAGCACCCAGCUGUGGCUGCCACGCUGAACAACCUGGCAGUGCUGUACGGCAAGCGUGGCCGGUACAAGGAGGCCGAGCCGCUGUGCCAGCGGGCACUGGAGAUCCGUGAGAAGGUCCUGGGCACCGACCACCCUGAUGUGGCCAAGCAGCUCAACAACCUGGCGCUGCUGUGCCAGAACCAGGGCAAGUUCGCAGCAGUGGAGCAGUACUACGCCCGUGCCCUGCGCAUCUACCAGGCCCGACUCGGCCCCCGUGACCCCAGCGUGGCCAAGACCAAGAACAACCUGGCCUCUUCAUACCUGAAGCAGGGCAAGUACCGGGAGGCAGAGGAGCUGUAUAAGGAGAUCCUGACCUGCCAUGACCAGGACCUGGUGCCCAUGCAGGAUGGUGAUGGCCCCGCAGUGCAGAGUGGCACCAUGCCUCACAGCCGGUCGAGCUGUAUCUCGCAGGCUGGCAGCAGCCUGCGGCGCAGCAGCUCCUUCUCCAAGCUGCGGGAGUCCAUUCGGCGUGGCAGCGAGAAGCUGGUCUCCCGGCUCCGGGGCGAGAGUGCACGGGGCACCCCCCCCAAUGCCGGGCUGAAACGCGCCAGCUCCCUGAGCGUCCUGCAUGUUGGGGAGAGGCCAGCGGCCCCUGUGCUGUCCCUCCUGGCUGCCAGCCACAGCCUGCCCGAGAGCCGGGCGCUCAGCUCUAGCACCCAGACCCUUGCGCCUAGCAGCUCCCCGCCCAGUGCCAGCUAGGACCCACCUAAGGAACUGAGCCCACGACCUGCAUUAGCCCAGCUGCAGUCACCCCAACCGCACCGGGCCCUGCUGCUCAAUGCCAGCCACCGUAGCAAGAGUCGCUCUCUCAGGAAGGUCCUGCCCUGGCUGGGCAUAAAGCAUCUGCUGCCUUAACCAUCUGCAGCCCAGCUGUCCAUCUAGCCGUCCUGUAUUUAUUGUAUUUAUAGCAUGGAGCAAGGCCAGUGUGGCCACGCAAUAAAGGCAUCGGUAGCUACU